GCAACAAAGCCUUGAAACAAAGUGACAUCUACUGAGCUAAAAACCACAACCCAAAGUGACAUGUGUGUAUGUAUAAAAACCAACUUUGAUACAAUCCCACGUUGUGUUUCCGUAUAAAGUCCAAAAUAGCUUGAGUCAAACAAAUUAUUAUACACUUAUAUAUCUUCUUUAGUUUCCCAAGUCAUCUCUUGUCUUCAUCUUCUAAUCCAAAGUCUCUAAUCAUUUGUGUAAGGGAGAAUUUUGUUUGACAUAAGCGAAUAAUUACACAAGCGAUCUAUACUAUAUUAUACCAAAAAAAAGCAUCUUCAGCCAGAACAUGGAGAUCUUUCAAUGGCUCUUCAAGUUAGGGAGAUCAGAGCCCAGUUCAAUCAAUUGUACUGAUCAUGAACCCACCACAACUCUAACAAAACCAUUUAAUAAAUGUGAUCCAGAGUGCACAGAUCACAGAACAAGAAGAUCAUCUACAAGAGGGUCUAAACAUAAAAACCAGAGGAGUUAUAGAGGAAUCUGGCUAUGGUGUAGAAAAGACGUAGCCAAGGCUUGUUUCUCUAGCACACUGACUUUAAGAAGACUUAAUAGCUUUAGGAGAGGACAUUUACUUGGCUCCAUGGCAAAGAUAAAAGCACAAGGAGGAGAAGAGCAAGUGACAUCGACAAGGUUUGAUCUGAAAAAGGCUAUAAAAGUCUUCAAACCGGAGAAACAAGACGAAACCAAUAAAGAGAAGUCGAAAAGCGAGCAUAGCAAAGGUAAGGCCACACUUUUAAGAAUGAAGGAGCUCAUCAAAUGGGCUGCAGCAGCCAAAUCCGACAAAGCUGUCAAAUUCUUUACCCCUAAGAUAAUGAUGGAGUUGAGAAACCGAAGAAAGUUGAAGAUGAUGAGAGAGGUGAAUGAAGAAGAAUCAACAAAAAGGAUGAGUAGUGUAUCUGCAAAUAUAAGUUUGAGAUGGGAGAGUAGUGAGAGUUGCACAACAAUCUCUUCCUCUGAUCACAUCUCUAUAGUUUCUUCACCAGCAAUCCUUGUUUCCUUGAGUCCUACGCCACUCCACCGAUGUAGAUCCAGGAAAUACAACUGGAUCACUACUGAUUCUGAAUUUGUGGUGUUAGAGUUAUGAAGAGAAGUUAUAGGUGUGGUGGAUGAAGACAACGACAAGGACAAUCAAUUGAUUCUCAUCGCUGGACAAUUUUUGAAAGAGUUAAUUUGGGUAAAAGUCAAAUGCCAUUUGUAAUUAAUUUAUAACCAAUUUUUUCGGUGAUUUCAAUUUCCUUUGUAUUUUUAUGUAAUUCAUAUGAUAAAACUUACCAAAAUUACUUCUUUUUUUUUCUUCCUUUAAAGUUUAACUUGGUAUAUCGAUUUAGAUUGCCACCAGUAAAAUGA